GGUGGCGGCCGCGUGAGCUCCGUGGGUCAGGCUCCUCUCAGGGCAGCCCAAACGGGAGGUCCUCACGGGGCGGAAGCGGGGUUCGGCCGCUGCUGAUGGCGGCGCGGAGGAUGAGAGGCUGAAAAGAUCAAGAGGCAACCUUCAAGAUCUGACAGGGAAAGAGCACAAAACUGCAAUUUUGCAUCAAAGUCCUCAGUAACUGAUUGAGAAACAGUUGCAUCACUCACCUUGCAACAGCUUUUUGCAAUAAAAGGGCUUUGUCGUGUGUGCCAUCUUCUGCUAAAUCCACACAAGUAAAAAGUGCUGAAGAAGCUGAAACUGAACCUGUGCCACCGUAGUCUUCAGGAAGGGCGGAAGACAGUUUGAGCCAUGGCAAGCCAGGCGUUUUCCCCAGAGGCUGCUUUCCCUCAUGGGAGGCGGAGGGAGAAAUGGGACCCCAGGCUUCUUUCAAGGGCAAGGAAUUGCUGGCGAAAAAGAGAGAAUGUCUUCAGGCCUACAGCUGGUGGAGAACGCCACAGAAGAAACGGAAGAAAAAGAACAAAAUAAAGCCAGGAAGAAUAGAGUUUGUCCCUAGUAGUACUGCAGCCAGACCAGAUUAUUCAAUAUUUGUUGGGGAGCUUACUCCAGAAGUGGAUGAUUUCCAGCUCUAUGACUAUUUCCUAAAGAGAUACCCCUCAUGUAUUGACUGCAAAAUAGCAACAGAUCUGCUGGGAUACUCCAGAGGGUAUGCCUUUGUCAGAUUUGGUGAGCAAGGUGAUCAGAUGAGGGCACUGCAAGACUGCCAGAAUGCACCAGGUCUGGGGGGAAAACGAAUCCGGCUGAGCAUAGGAAUUUCUAAAAGACUGAAAGCAGAAUUCCAGCGGUACCAAUCAUACAACUACAAUGAUUAUUACCAAGAUUAUCAGAACUACUACUCACAGUGGAAUUACGAUCCUUAUGCUGACUACAACUACAGCUCCUAUACUCCCUAUGAUAACAUGCAAGCUGUUGGAGACUGCUCUUUAGGAGAUACUCUUAUGGCUCCAGCUGUUUUUGAGGAAACUUCAGCUAUGACUGAAAUCAGUGAUGACCUAAUAACUGAAGAUCCACAACUUUACUUGGAUGUUGAUGAAAUGAACAGACAAUUUAUGGAGACAAGUGAAGAACUCUAUGAUUCCCUCAUGAAUUGUCACUGGCAGCCUCUGGAUACGGUCACUUCUGACAUCCCCUCUGCUAUUUAAGUGUCUUAUAUAGCAUGACCGUAACGACCAAGGGAUGCUCUUGGACCAACAGCUUCUUUCUAGCGCUACCUCAAAGUAACUUGCAGAUAUAACUCACAGGGAAGAUUGAUCAAAUGGUGAUGAUCCCUAUCAUUCUGCUGGAGAUUAUAUAUAUUUGCCUUUUGUUUCAUCUUACUUCUAAUAACAUAUUUAAGUUCAGUGACUCAUGUCAAUAGACAUUGUUGGACUACAUCAACAAGUAUUUCUGAGUCAUGAGUGUCAUUAAAGGCAUGUCACUGUAUGGAAAUUGUUCUAAAUAAGUAAAAUGGAAGUAAAAUUAAGUAAAUAAAGCAGCACUUGAAUUUACA